ACUAUUUUUUCAAUCAUAAUCCACCCUUAACGUAAGGAACCCAAGUCCCAUGUUUUUCCACUAACACACAAAAUCACACACUACAUACAAAAAAACAAAAUCAGACUAUAUAUAGCAAUCCCUCCACGAUCUAACAUCAUAGCUCCCCCCACCAUUCUCAUAGUCUCUUUUCACCUUUUUUUUUUUUUGGCUCAAAAAUGGAGUAUCCAUCUUCAGCUUCAAAUCCUUCACUACAAUUGAAUUUAGAAACCCUCAAAGCCAUUAAAAUCCUCGGUAAAGGAGCAACGGGCACUGUUUUUCUCGUCCACGACACCUCCAUUGAUCCCACUGCUCGUUCCCCUUUUGCUCUUAAAGUCGUUCGAAGGUUCAACAAUGGCGGAGACCGUCGAACUCGCUGGGAAAUUGGGGUUUUGAAGAUGGUUUCGGAUCCUGACCCGACGCGAAACCACCCGUUUCUGCCACGUCUUUUGGGUUUUUUCGAAACCGAUGAGUUUAUCGGUUGGGCUGUACCUUAUUGCCCCGGUGCUGAUCUUAAUGUACUUCGUCACCAUCAAAACGAUGGCGUUUUUGCUAUUUCUGUUAUAAGGUUUUACUUGGCGGAGAUCCUUUGUGCUCUGGAGCACCUUCAUUUCAUGGGGGUUGUUUAUAGAGACCUUAAGCCUGAAAACGUACUUGUUCAACGGUCUGGUCACGUGACAUUGACGGAUUUUGACCUUUCACGUGGUUUAAAGAAGAAGCAAUUGUCGGAAAUCUUGGAUUACCGGAAAAAUUCGCCGGAAAUCAAUGUCCGACGUAAAUGUCGGGUGAAUUUUACUCAAUGGAUCACGGGUGUAACUUAUAACAAAGCUUUGAAGAAACCGAAAUCAGCUCGAGUCAGCCCAGUGAGUCGUCGGAAACUGAGUUUCUCGAAUGGGGAAUGUUCAAACUCGUUCGUUGGGACAGAAGAAUACGUUUCACCGGAAGUUGUGCGAGGAGACGGUCAUGAAUUCGCCGUCGAUUGGUGGGCUUUGGGUAUAUUAAGCUACGAGAUGAUGUACGGUACGACGCCGUUUAAAGGGAAUAACCGCAAAGACACGUUUAGGAAUGUAUUGGGUAAAGAGCCUGAGUUCAUGGGUCAACGUAACGGUUUGACUGAUUUAAUAGGACGGUUGUUACAAAAGGAUCCGAAAAUGAGACUUGGGUAUCACGGCGGCGCGUGUGAGAUUAAGGAACACCCGUUCUUCGAAGGGGUGAAGUGGGAUAUCUUGACGGAGGUUUUACGACCGCCGUUUAUUCCGUCGGGAGAUGACGCUGAGUUGAUGGAGAACGUAACGGCUCGAGGGAUAGAUAUAAGGGAAUAUUUCUGGAGUUUGAAGGCUUCGUUGUCAAUGCCAUCAUCGCCGUUACAGUCACCGUUAUCGGAGUAUAGACGGAGCGUUUCUUUCACCGAGUUCUAACGCGUGUGUAAGGGAGUUUGAGUGCACGUAUAUAAGCUAAUUCAUUUUUGAUUAUUUGGUUUUGCUAUUACCUUUUUUUAAUUUUUUAUGCUAUUAGUGUACAUUAAAUAAAGCCAUUAUAAAUUGUAAUAAUAAACAAUUGUUUAUGCAAAUAUUAUAAUUUUGAUUAAUUUUAACAUAAA